AUGGGGGUCUUGAGAGCGGCUGGCGCGAAGCAUAUCAUCAACUACAAGACGAAUCCUGAUUUGGGAAAGACAGCAAAGGAGAUGACUGUUGGUAAAAGGGGUGCCAAUGGUGUGCUGGAAAUUGGCGGACCCAACACGUUCAAGCAGUCCUGCGCCGCCGCCUCAAUCAAAGGCACCAUCGCGGUAAUCAGUACGCGCGCUGGGCAAUCCCCUGGCACUCAACUACCGCACACGGCCCUCCUCCAGACCCGACGCAUUAUGAUAGGAAGCCGGCUGCAGUUCGAGAUGAAUCGCGUGGUUGAGGUGAACGAUAUCAAGUCUGUGGUGGAUGGGAGGGUGUUCGGGUUUGGCGAGGUGAGAGGCGUAUGA